AAUUUGGCGAUUUGUAUUUUGUGCCCUACCGCCGCUGCUACUACACCAGAAUCGCUUCAUAACGUCGCCCUUCUACUUCUACUGUUUGUCGCCCGCCAUCUCCUCCACCAAUAGAAAUGAGCUUAUUCGCCCAGAUAAAAGAAAGAGGUUGUCCAGGUUAAGCCGGCCAAAAGACUGCCCUACCCUUGCGUCUCCAAGAAACACCCCGCCUCUUCUCCUCCAUCGAUCGACAGCCCUAAUCGCACAUCUCUUCUCCAUCGAUCCAGGCCCUCUUCUCCUCCAUCGAUCAACCGAUUGAUAGUCUUCUCCAUCGCUCACGGCCCUCUUCUCCUCCAUCGAUCGACAGGUUCUUCUCCAUUGCUCACGACCCUCUUCUCCAUCGAUUGACAGGUUCUUCUCCAUCACUCACGACCCUCUUCUCCAUCGAUUGACAGAUUAAAGAAUGGAAGACAAAGAAGAAACGAAGACGUUCAAAGAACUAGGAGUAGUUGAUCAGUUGAUCGAAGCAUGUGAUAGUCUUGGCUGGAAAAAUCCUUCUAAAAUACAGGCCGAAGCCAUUCCUCAUGCACUUGAAGGGAAGGACUUGAUUGGGUUAGCACAGACUGGUUCUGGUAAAACCGGAGCUUUUGCUCUCCCAAUACUCCAAGCUUUGUUGGAAACUCCACAAGCCUUUUUUGCGUGUGUGCUUUCUCCCACAAGGGAACUUGCAAUUCAGAUUGCGGAGCAGUUUGAAGCGUUGGGAUCUAGCAUUGGCGUGAAGUCCGCAGUGCUUGUUGGAGGGGUGGAUCAGGUACAACAAAGCAUUGCUCUUGGAAAGCGGCCACACAUUAUUGUUGCAACACCUGGACGUCUCGUGGAUCAUUUAUCCAAUACUAAAGGGUUUUCUCUUCGUACUAUAAAGUACUUGGUAUUGGAUGAGGCAGACAGGUUGCUAAAUGAGGACUUUGAGAAGUCGUUAGAUGAAAUAUUAAAUGCGAUUCCUCGUGAACGGAGGACAUACUUAUUCUCUGCUACAAUGACUAAGAAGGUGCAAAAGCUGCAGAGAGCUUGUCUAAGAAAUCCUGUAAAGAUCGAAGCAGCGUCUAAAUAUUCCACCGUUGACACCUUGAAACAGCAGUUUCGUUUUGUUCCUGCCAAACACAAGGACUGUUAUCUUGUAUAUAUCUUGAUCGAAAAGUCUGGAAGUACAUCGAUGGUUUUCACUCGAACUUGUGAAGCCACCCGUCUUUUGGCUUUGAUGUUGCGGAACCUUGGUCUACGGGCAAUCCCGAUUUCUGGUCAAAUGACUCAGGCAAAAAGGCUUGGUGCAUUGAACAAAUUCAAGGCUGGAGAAUGUAAUAUUCUAAUCUGUACCGAUGUGGCUAGUAGAGGACUAGAUAUUCCGUCGGUUGAUAUGGUCAUAAAUUACGAUAUUCCCACAAACUCAAAGGACUAUAUUCAUCGAGUUGGAAGAACUGCACGUGCAGGACGAUCUGGGGUUGCCAUCUCGUUAGUGAAUCAGUAUGAGCUGGAGUGGUAUAUCCAGAUAGAGAAACUAAUUGGUAAGAAGUUGCCUGAGUUUCCAGCUGAAGAAGCAGAAGUUUUGUUGCUGUUGGAGCGGGUGACAGAGGCUAAACGGCUAUCUCUGAUGAAAAUAAAGGAAACGGGUGGUGGGAAGAGGAGAAGAGGGGAUGACGAUGAGGGAGACGUUGAAAAAUCCCACACGAAGAACAAAAAGUCGUCGUCAAAACGACGUUAGAUAGAGAGAUAAAAAUCACAAUUUUGGCUUCAUUUAUGUGUUUGAGGUGAAUGGUAAGAUGCCCAUAGGAUACAUCUUUCAGCAUUAGAGUCAUCACAGAUGAUGUUAAUUAUAGUGAUGUGUAUUAAUUUUGAAGCUACAAGUAGGUUUUUUAAAGUAUACACACCUUUCUAUUUGUAUUGUUUUUGGUUUCUUG